UCACGCGGGACGGUGGAAGGGCGGGAGGCUGCGCGACACAGCGCCGAGAGAAGCAAACGCAGUUCUAAGGGAGAAAUCGCUUAUAUCGCGUGGUCCUCGACGGUCGAGGAGUUCGCUGCCGAGGAGGGAGAGCGACCGACUCAAGAUGGCCGCCGCCUUGCUUCCCGGCCUCCUGCUGCUGGCGCUGAGCCUCGGCUUUCCUCUGGCCUCGGCGGAGAAUAGAGCCCUUCCCCGGAACCUGCCAUCCAUCAUGUUUUUGAAGCCCGGCCAGUGGUCAACCAGUGUCAUCUUUAAAGUCUUAUUUGAGGAUGCAGGGGUACAAAAUGCAUCCUUUUCCCUUAAUAUGCAGUGGUAUGCAGUUGAACUUUCCAGGAACGAAAACAAAACCGUUGUUCUCCGUAUCCCACCUCAUUCCGUCAAAGAAUUCCCCUGCUGUACUGGCAAGGAACUGCUGAAUUACCAUGCGUCCUAUGAGGGGGAUAUCGAAUGGAGUGAGGCGUGUCCUGAGGAUGCACCUGAGGACCUCCUUGCCCUCUGCCCGACUACAGAGUCAACAUCAGACACCAGUGAUCAACGCCCCCCAGAAUCCUCGUUCAGCCCAGCACCCAGACACCAAAACUCUACUUCUACCGCUUCAGAUUCCGGAAACUCAACCACCAAGACUGAAGAUUUAGAUGCCGAGACGAAGAAGAUCCUGUGGAUUGCAUUGCCCACAGGAAUAGGUCUCCUCCUGGUCCUGGUGGUGGCUUUGGUUUGCUUCCUGUACACGAAGUCGAGGGAGUAUCAGCCACCGACCGAUGUGAGCUACCCGGCAAGAAGCCGGUUCGAUAAUGGGGUGGCAUCUGAGGAGGAAGAUACAGUCUAACUUGAGGGAGGAGAAUCAGCCUAACUUGAGAAGGAGGAAUUAGUUUAACUUGAAGAAGGAGAACCAGUCUAACUUGCGGAAGGAGAAUCAGCCUAACUUGAGAAGGAGGAAAUAGUUCAACUUGAAGAAGACGAAUCAGUCUGUCUUGAGGAAGGAGAAUCAGUCUAACGAGGAAGGAGCAUCAAUCUAACUUGAGAAGCAGGAAAUAGUUUAACUUAAAAAAAAAACGUCUAACUUAUGGGAGAAGAAUCAUUGUAACUUGAGAAAGAACGUCUAACGUGCAGAGGAUAUAUCAGUCUAACUUGAGAAGGAGGAGUAAGAACUUGAAGAAGAAUCUGUCUAAUCUAAGAAGGAGGAAUUCGUUUAACUUGAAAAAGAAUCGGUCUAACUUGAGAAGGAGUCAGUCUGACAUAAGAAGGUUUUGUUUUCCUUGAGGAUGAGCAAUCAACUUAACUUGACGAAGAAUAAGUCAAACUUUAUUGAUGAAUGUGAAUCUAACUUGAGGAAGGACCAGACUAGAAGUAAUAUCAAUCUAGGAUCAGUUCUCUGGUUGGAUAAAGUCUUGCAAAACAUAUGAUUCCCUGAUUUUGACGUCUAUACAGUUUGUCUUUUGUUCUAUUUUUGUCAUUAGAUUAAUGCAUGUAUCACAGUAUCAUUACAUAUGUAUCACGGUGAAAUCGGAAUAUGAUCAUGUUAUUUGUUUAAGGUUUUAGCCCACGUGUGUUUGUGAGUGGGUGCAUGUGUAUGCGCGUAUUCACAUAUUACUAGUGUCUAUGUUCAUAUUAGAAUGUAUCCAGUAACAAUGAAGGUUACUUAGAUUGUCAAUCAAUAUUUAUUGUUAAUAAAUUUGGACAUUGGG